CAGUACCAAGGACACAAGCCGAGCUAGUCACCCUCUACGAUUCUCUAACUUUGACGAUGAAGUUCCUAUUCAUACUUUUCCCGCUGCUGUGUGUAGUGAGUGCCAGAGAAGAUCAUCAUGAUGUAAUCGAUGUUAUGCGUAAUCUUCAGCUAAGGAGUUUGGUACAACUGCUGGAGGUGGCUGAUCUUACUCCCAGUUUGGAAGACGCAGAUUCUUGCACAGUGUUCGCGCCGUCAGACGCUGCCUUUGCUAAGAUCCCAGAUGACAUCAAGAAACAGCUGUUGAGCAACCCCCUUUUCCUGAGGGAGGUUCUGGCGUUCCAUGCGAGUCCCAAAGAGUACAUGUCAACCGACUUGAAGAACAACCAGCUUCUGGACACACUUUUGAAAGGUUUCGUGAUGCGAAUCAACAUCUACCCAUCAACAAAUACCAUCACAGCAGACGGUUCCCCGGUCAGUAACGCGGACAACAAGGGCAGUAACGGGGUGGUACACGUGGUGGACCAGGUCCUGUACCCUUUUCCCACCGGCACCGUGGACUCAGAGAUCAGCCAUAACGACAACCUGACCGUCUUGAACACAGCCGUGGAGAAGGCUGAUCUUGCAAGUGCUUUAGAUGGUGAAGGACCUUUCACCCUCUUUGCUCCAACCAACGACGCUUUCAGUAAGCUCCCGAACGGAACCCUGCCCAGUCUUCUGAAAAACGUGACGGCACUGACAGAAGUCCUGACCUAUCACGUGGUCAGUGGUGUGUACUACCCGGCCGGCUUGAGCGACGGAGAAAAACUGAAGACCUUACAGAAAGGAAGUCUUGUCUGUCACGUCAAUGCUAAACCUGGGUCAGAGUCGUGCACGGUGUUUGCACCAACAGAUGAGGCGUUUUCUAAUCUCCCUGCUGACGUUAGGAAGCAGUUACGAGAGGGCAGACUCUUACUGCUAGAGGUACUAAUGUUCCAUGUAAGCCCCAAUACAACCAUGUCAACCAGCUGGAAAAACAACUACAUCGUGGCGACACUUCUGGAAUAUUUGUGUUCGAUUCGAAUCAACAUCUAUCCAUCGACUAGAGUGAUCACAGCUGACGGUAGCGUCAUCAGUAACCCUGACAACAGGGCCAGUAACGGGGUGGUUCACGUGAUCAAUCAGGUCCUGUACCCUCAACCCAUCCAAUCCAUCGCCAAAGAAAUAGACAAUAUCAAACAACUUAAGGAGUUGAGCAGAGUCGUCGAAAAAGCCGGUUUUGGAAGAAUAUUGAAUGAUGCUGGACCCCUCACUUUCUUUGCUCCAACCGACGACGCCUUCCAGAAACUCCCUGACGCUACUUUACAAAACCUUUUGAAGAACGUGACGGCACUAACUGAAGUUCUGUCCUAUCACACCGUCAGCGGUGUCUACUACAAGGCUGGCUUAAGCGAUGGGCAAGAACUGAUGACCUUACAGUCGGGGACACUUGAAUGCCACGUCAGGCAUACACCGGGCUCUGGGUCGCAGGUGGAAGUAAACGAGGCGAAGAUCGUCGGGCUUAGUGUCCCAGCACUGAACGGGGUGAUGCAUGUGAUCGACACAGUCCUCUUUCCUCCAAAGUAGCAAAUGGAAACAGAUUUUAUCUCUUCUAACUGUAUUUUGUGCCA